GGCGGAAGCGUGACAGAGGGUUAUAUUUCGACAAGCCAUGGAUCUACCGGAGAAAAACUCAUCCUAUAAGCAGCAGGAAUACUGGGAUAGACGCUUUUCGAAAGAGGACAACUUUGAAUGGUGCAAAAGCUACAAAGAUUUCGAACAUUUAAUCAACGAACAUGUGAACCGUAGUGAUCGAAUACUCAUUUUAGGCUGCGGAAAUAGCUCUUUAAGCGAAGACAUGUACUGUGACGGAUAUAGAAAUAUCGUUAAUAUCGACUUUUCAGCUGUAGUAAUUGAGAAUAUGAAACGGAAAUGCAAAGAUUUAACCGAGAUGCAGUGGAUGGUGAUGGACAUGACAAACAUGACGUUCCCAGAAGGUUCGUUUGAAGUCAUUAUUGAGAAGGCAACUUUGGAUGCACUAAUGGUGGAAGAAAGAGAUCCUUGGAACCCUACAGGAGAUAUACGAAAUAGUAUGGAUUGUGUUCUAUCGCAGGUUAAUCUUCACUCUGUAACUUCUAUGUUAUAUAUAAUUUCAAUUUUAGCAUUUUUUCCUCUCAAAAAUUGUUUUCAGUCAGGGUAACAGAAGAGGAGGGGAGCCUCUUACCUUCCAUUCCUCCCUCGUGGAGAAAAUUACUUUUUUACAAGCUGCUACUUCAUGCGUAUGGAACUUUGAUGAAAUUCGCUAAUUAUCUGUGUUGGUACGCAUUUAACUUACAACAAUGUGCCAUAAUUGUGGAAAAACAAUUUGAAGGUACAUUAUCACAGUGUUUAUGUGAUAAUGCUUGAGUGUAGAGUGUCUCUUUGCUUAAUAUAUGAAUAUGAUGUACCUGUGUUGUAACAUUCUAUCCCUUGUUUCUUUCCACAGGUGUCUAAAAUUUUAAAAGAUGGAGGACGCUUUAUUUCUGUGACAUUUUCACAGCCUCAUUUUAGAAAACCUUUUCUUGCAAAGUUGCAAUAUAAUUGGUCAAUAUCUCAACAGACAUUUGGUGAAUCCUUCCAUUUCUUUUUCUAUGUGAUGGAAAAAGGAAGACCAAUGAGUGAUGAGGACAAAGAGUUGGAAAUUUAUGUGGAAAAUAAAACAAAACAUGACAAGGAUAACAAGGCUGAAAAUGAACCGUGUUGUAGAGUUGCUGAAGACACUGAGGAUUUUUUAUUUUAUGUAGCUUUGUAACAAUACUCUGAGCAGGUGCUCAAAUUAUUCCCGGAACCAGUUGCAAAUGAGUUUGACCAGAAAGCCUGAGCAAAUUAGAUGUCACAUAUUGUAGAGCUGGAGGAAACUCUUUCCCAGGUCUCUACUCUCUUGCUCAUGUUACUUUGAAAAUCAUUGAUUGCUUGAUUGAGGGAUGCUUAACCCUGUAACUCCCAGAUGUGAUCAACAUGUAACUUCUCCCUAUAAUAUCCAUACAUUAACCAGCAAACAGGUAAUAAGAAUACCAAAGUUAUCAAGUGGAAGUUGUUAUCUUCAUCUUACACCAAAUUCUUGUCACUAAUAAAUUAUUUACAAGGAAAUGUGUAGCAGCUAGAGGGGAGAAUUGACAAUCAGAUCUUAGGAGUUAAAGGGUUUAUACAAGUUUAAUUGUAUGUUGGAUUGACCAUGUGAAUAGGUUAUUUUUCCUAAAACCAGAUAAAGAGUGGUUUGUAAGUUGUAAAGGAAAUAUAUGCCAAGGAAUUUCAGUGCUUGGGGGCUUGUAAAGAAAAUGUCAUUUUCAUCUGAGUUGGCAAAU